AUGGGGGAGAAGGGGGCGGAGACGAUGGGGGAGAGGGGGGCGGAGCCGAUGGGGGAGAAGGGGGCGGAGACGAUGGGGGAGAAGGGGGCGGAGCCGAUGGGGGAGAGGGGGGCGGAGCCGAUGGCCCCAGCCUCCCAUGGUUACUGUUGCUGUGCGACGGCAGCGGCUGGAGAUAGCGGCCGCAAUCGGAGGGCCUGGAGGAACCGAACCGAACCGAGUGGGAAGGAGGGAAUCAGUAAACGGGAUUUAACACCUCAGAGCGGCCCCGGGAGAGGGGAGGAGAGUGGCGGGUUUAAGCGGCUCUUUUGCCGGGUUCGUUCGAUGGAGGAGGCGGACGAGCUGGUGACCCAGGGCCUGAGGCAGCAGUUCCAGGCCCUGCAGGAGCAGCAGCAGCAGAGGAGGAGGGAGAGGAUGCUGCUAGCCCGCUGCAGGAAGGAGCAGGACGCACGCCCCCAGAGCACCCCCAGACAGCAGGAGGAAGACCUAAAGCUGCAGCUGGUGGCUGGGCAGGCCGACAGCAGCACCGACAUCAGCAAAAGCUUGCUGGAGAAUGAGAACGAGCUGCUACAAGAGCAGAUCCAAGAGCUGAGGGAUGAGAAUGGACGGCUUUUCAAACUCCUUAAUGAAAGGAAUUUUGAAAUCAAACACCUGAGGAAGAAAAGGGAAGAAGAUCAACUUGCUCUCGCAGGAACAGCUGGCAUGGCAGGCGAUGUGGCUGCAACCAAAAUUGUUGAGCUGUCAAAGAGGAACCGUGAGCUGACUGUGGAGAAUGAGAGCCUGAAAUCCAAAGUCAAGCAACUGGGUAACAAGUUACAGGAGCUGAAAAAGGAGCCUCAGGCUACUCCUACAGGCAGCCAAACACUCAGCGCCAAAGAAGCAUCUGGACAAACCAACAAAGGGCGGUCUCCCAGAAUGCAAAACAGCUCAUUGUCUGACAGCCUUGACGCAAAAGCCCUUCAGGAAAAGCUUUCAGCAGCCAACCUAAAACUGGUUGAGUCUCGAAACCAAAUACUGAGUGUCAAACAAGAGUUGAAAGUGGCACACAAGGUAUUGGCUAAUGAAGUGGGAGAAGAUGUGAACGUACAACAUUUGCUGAAUAACAAGGGGACAUGGCGCGGCCGAGCCCAGCAGAUCCUCAUCUUGCAGAAGAAGAUCCGAGAGUUGGAAAGUCAAACAGGACUAAAUAACCAGAAGGGACGGUCAUCUGAACUCAGUGUGGAAGAGGAAAUGCUAGGUAUUUCAGGGUUGAGGCGUUUGUCAAAUCAGGACAAAAAUGUAGCGUACAUUCGCACAUUGGAGAAAGAAAGAAAGGCAACAUUGGACAAAAUGACUGGUGACUAUGAGAGCUUGAAGAAAGACCAUGAGGAACUCAAGAGUAAACUUGAUGGAUCAAAAGCAAGAAACAAAGUUCUGUCCAGUGAGCUCAAGAUUUUGAAGAGUCAAGUGGUGACCCUUCUCGAAAAAGGGAAGCACGAUGAUGAAUUAGUUGGUGCGUUACUGAAACAGCAGAACCAAAUGCAGGAGAUUAUGGGUCGCUUGAGUCAGCAUGAAUCAAAGAAUAAGGACACCAGGCAAAAUCAGAGCCAGCAGCAGAACAGUGAGGCCCAGAAGCAGGGCUUCCUGAUUGGAGAGCUCAAGCAGAUGGUGACUGAGCGGGAAGCUAAAGUGAAAGAUCUUGAGGAAGAGAUCAAACAACUGUUACUAAAGCAACACCAGGAGAAGAAACUUUCAGCUGACCACACGGUGGUAAAUCUCCCUGAAUGUCAUCCUCCCUCAGCUCAGCUAGACAACCUCAGUGGACAUUCAACCCAGAAUCCUCUGGCAGCUGACAAUGAACUCUCAGGGAGACCACUUUCUGCUCGCUCAGUUUCCAAAAUGGGCCACACCCUGAUUGAAUCUGCAGCAACACGACCACCUUCGGGGAAUGCUGUCGGAAGAUGCACCAGUGUGAAUGAAAUUGAUGUGAAAGCUCUUCAGUUACAGUGCACUGAGUACAAGGCUUUUUACCAAACUGCAGAAGUAGAAAGGGACAAACUAAUGGAGCUAGUUACCAUCCUACAGAAGAGGUUAGAAGAUAGCAAUGACAAGGUUUUGGAGGCUGAGAAGAAGCUUCUUGAGCAGCGCCGGUGGUCUGUGACUUUGGAGCAACAACUUGGAAAAGCCAAACUGGAUGCAGGAAAGACCCAUGACAAGUCUUCCAAUAAGAACAAAGCAAUUUCGUCCAGCACCAGCCGUCAGUGCCAGAACCAAUGCGGCAGCGGGGAUCUGCCUCCAGGGAGGCCAUUGGCCAUUGCUUUGGAUGAUCAAGUAGAAGAACUGAAUAUACGACUUGCCAUACAGAUGGAUGAGAAUGAAGCCUUAAAGACGGCUCUGCAAAGCACUUUAAAAGCCAAAGAAGAUGACCUGAAAUUAUACCAUGACACACUGGGCCAAGUGAAGCAGGUCUUCCUACAGGCUCUUCGACAGCACAAAGAGAAAACUUAAAUUGGCUGCUUCAACUGAAGAAACAUUCCUUGAUUUAUUGUUGAGGGGGUAUCCAAAAUAAUGCUGUGGCCUCUGGAGAACAGGCACAGCCAAAGGAGAAAAGAACAAACCCAAUUCAGUACCACAUGAUCCCAGAUAUUGAAAACUAAAGACAUUAGGCAAAUUGGGGGAUUAUCAGAUAAUCAUUCGGUUUCACUCAUGCCUUUUAUAAGUGAAAGAAGUGAGGAGUCACCGUCAUGCAAGAUGAUAAAUGAGGCAGGUCACUCAACCCAUCUGCAGCUCACUCCCAUCACAGUAUCCAACCGUGUCUUAAGUGGCUCCUGAGGAUUUUGAUCCCACAUGCAAGUCCACUUCGAGUAUUGAUCAAUUGCAGUAAUGGUACAAUAGUGAUAAAGAAUACAGGAAACAAUUGGGAGCAACUACAACUCUUCUCUUCCACCUGCAUGUCAAGGAAAGGGCUUAAAAUUGCCUUGUAAGAGUUAUACCUUCUGAAUAGGCACAGCAAUUAAUGUUAACGUUAACUCCAAAUGAAACUCAUUUGUUACUUUGCUGUGUGCAACCAGAUAUCCAAGAUUGCUGCUCUACCCUAGAGAAAGCAGACUUUCAAUAAUACAGUCGUAUAGAGUACAGGUAAUCAAAAAAAAAUGAGUUACUUACUUCGCUGGUACCUUAAUGUCGGCUUCCAUAUUAAGGAAACAUUUUCUUUUUUUGGUGAUGCAGGUUUUAAAAAAAAAUCAAGUUCAAUGUUGCAGUCAUUCCAAUGGGAACCCAUUUUGUGGAGUAGGGAUGAAUCCAGUGGUUAGCAGAUAUUGGUACAAAACUGGUCUGAACAGAUAUUGGUACAAAACUGGUCUGAACAGAUUGCCACCAAUUCAUCAGUCUCCACCCUCGAUGCGGGAAGAUUGAGUGCAAAAAAUAAUGACGUUCCCUCAUACAUCAGGAUUAAGAUAUAUUGCUGGGGAUGUUCUGAUUUGUGGCUGGUCCUUGCUGUGCCUGCCCAGAGUACAUGAGCUGCCAAUAUACACAUAACAGGAGGAAGUCAAUUUGUCGUAACUUUACCUGAGUGAAAAUGUAUACAUUCCAAACAAAUGCAAGCAGAUUGCUGCAUCUAAAUGUGUAAAUACAUUGACCUCAUCGAACAAUAAAUGUAUCU